UUUUUCCUUGCUUGGAUUAUCCUGAGCAGCUUGCGUACAACCUUGUGCGUUAGAUUCAAGAGUGAAGUCGUGGCUUGUGGUGUUGUAUAUGCUGCUGCUCAAAGGUUCCAGGUACCACUUCCUGAGAAUCCUCCAUGGUGGAAGGCUUUUGAUACUGAUAAAUCUGGGAUUGAUGAAGUCUGUAGGGUUCUGGCACACCUGUAUAGCAUUCCCAAAGCACAAUAUAUACCAGUGUGUAAAGAAGGGGACUCAUUCACCACAUCAAGACCGGCAUUGGAUUUGCAAGCGCAGAAAUUCUCGAAGGAAGAUAUGCAGAAUGGACCAGCAGCUAAUAAUGAUACAUCUACUCCCAAGGUGGCAUCUGCAGUUUCCAAUCCGGACCCUGGUGGUUCAAAGGGUGUUAUUGCAAAAGCAGCCCUUGACAAACUAAAGGAGUCCAAGAAAGGUGAUGAUGACACCAAGAGUGUCCCAAUUGAUGGAGAGAUGAGAGAACCUCCAUUGAAGUCCAAGGCUGAACACAGACAGGAGGCAAGUGGAGAAAAGAGCAGGGAGAGGGAGAGAUCAAAGGGUUGGGAACGUGAUAGGGGAAGGGAUGGAAGGGAUUCUGACAGGGAAAAGGAAAGGGAGAAGGAGGUGGAAAGGAGACGAGAGAAAGUCAAGGAUAGAACUCAUCGUUCGAAGGACAAGGGAAAAGAUUCAGGAGGGCAUUCAGAGAAAUCAAGGCACCACCCAUCACGAGAUCGUAGCAACCGCCAUAGCUCCUCUUAUUCAUCCCGCGAGAAGGAUCGACACAGACAUCACCCAUAUGCAUGAACCAGAAGUAUUCUCUUUCUCUCGGCUUGCAGAUUGAUUACUCCUAGUGUGUACUUUAGUCAAGAUCAGAUCCAUCUAGGUGGAAAAUGGAUGGUAAAAAGAGUGAGAACAUUGUAAAAUUAACAUGUUUUGCAGCAGAGAUUCUCCAUGGGAUCUUUGUCUAUUGCUGUUCAUACAGGGGCUGAUUGUACCCUUAAAUAAAGUGGUUAUGGUUUUCGUUGCAAUGUUUCUGCAUAUCGCCCUCACAGAAACAUGGACUUGUAAUUGGUAAUGUGUUUACUAAAUGAGACUGGAUUUAAGAAUCAAGAAUGAAUACAAUUAUUUUAUACUAGCCUAA